AUGUCGCCUGAUUUAUGGGCAUCAACCGUAAGGUUGACCAAUCCCAGGCACUCUGAAGAAGAGAAGGGGGACUUACCUGAAAACCUUAAUACCCUAAGCAAACAUUCUGGGUCCCCCUUCUCUCCCUCUUCUUAUCCUUUAUUUCAUAGGUCCUCAUGGUUGUAUGGCAGCGUAGCAUCAGUUCAAAUGGCUGAUGUACUGCUCUUGAUGAUGAUGAUGAUGAGGCACUCUGAA